AUGAAAACGAAGAAAAGGAAAACGCUUGAGCCCCGGAACCUUCCUUCCCUCCAGUCGCUGCUCCUCUUCCACGUCCUCCCCGCCCGCCUCCACGCCGCCUCCUUCCUCUCCCGACGCCACCACCCCACGCUCGCCGGCGAGCCGCUGGAGCUCGGGCCCGCCGUGUCCCGCGCCGUGACGCGGCCCGACGCGGUAGUGCGCGCGGACGGCGUCAUCCACGGCGUGGACCGCCUCCUGGUCCCGCGCUCCGUCCAGGACGCCUUCAACCGCCGCCGCAGCCUCGCGUCGUCCAUCUCCGUCGCGCUCCCCACGGGCGCCCCCGAGGUGGACCCGCGCACGCACCGCCUCCUCAAAAAACCCGCCCCGCCGCUGGGUGCCCCGCCGGCGCUCCCUGUCUGGGACGCGAUGGCACCCGGCCCAUCCAUCGCGCCGGCGCCGGCGCCGGGUCCAGGCACCGGGACGCACCGCUUCGACGGGCACGGGCAGGUGAAGGACUUCAUCCAGACCCUCCUCCUCUACGGCGGGUACAACGAGCUGGCCGGCAUCCUCGUGAACCUCACCUCGCUCGCCACCGAGAUGGGCCGCCUCGUCUCCGAGGGCUACGUCCUCACCGUGCUGGCCCCCAACGACGAGGCCAUGGCGCGGCUCACCACGGACCAGCUCAGCGAGCCGGGGUCGCCGGAGUCCACGAUGGCGCCGCCGGACCCGCGGCGUUGGCCGCGAACGCCCGCGCCGGGAGCCGCACCGCCUUCCCGCCCACUGGGCACGUACUGCAUGGGCACGGACCACGAGGUAGCUGGCGCUGACCAUGAGGACCCCCGACACGAGCGUCCAGAGGCAGGGCCCCAUGCCGUAGCGGACGUGCGCGAGCUUGAGCUCCGCGAUGGAGAUGGAGAGCUGGCCCACGUCGGUGCCGACGAGCUUGAGCUCGGCGAUGUAGCGCGGGGUGCGGAGCGGCGCCAGAGGAUGAGCACAAUGACGAGUUCAUUUCAGACAAUCCUAUACCUAUAG